AUGGUCUUAGGAAUUCUUACUGCUAUUGCUGCCUGUCCGGCAAUCGUUGGGACAAACGAAGCUAUUCAGAUGACCCAGCGCAACCAAAUGAAGCAGAUGCACCGCGAGCGAAAGACUAAUUUGGUUGUAUCGUGCAACGACCAGUCGCCCCAAGCUGGCGAGCUAUGGAUAGCCACCCGACACGAAGACGAUAAUCAUGACAAGCCAGAAGGACAUCCCUUUGCGGGCUACUAUCUUCCUCACCCCGUUCACAAAUGGGGUCGCAAAGGUGACGGCUACGUCUCGACAAUCAUGGACAACCCUCCAAUACUCAACUGGAUAUACGUGGACAAGGACACGCAUGAGGUCAAGUACGGGACCAAGUCCGAGUCUGACGGUCACAAGCUAGGGCCUUGGAGCUGCACUCCUGUUGACCAUCGGGUUACGUUUGACGAGUGGGAAGGAUUCUGUGCCGUCGAAGAGUCUCCGGGACACUGGGCGCUGUAUUUCGAUGUCGAUGAUGAUGGUUUAGAUGGGAGGGUGUCAUUGACGAAGGAUGUGUUGGAGGUCGAGCUGGUAAGGAGGGAGAUGAGGAUACCUCCGACGAGAGAGAAGGAUAUCGGGCCACAGUAA